AUGUCCACGGGUCCGCGCAGAGGCACCGGCAGCAGCCACAGCCACAGCGGCCGCAGCGGCAGAGGCAGCUCCGAGGGGGGGCAGCAGCAGCAGAGGGAACAGCCGCUCAGGAGCAGCGGGGCCCCGGGUCGCAGACUUUCCAAAGAUGUUUCAAUUCGAAAGAGAGCCCUGUCUAUGCACGAGGACAGCCUUCCAGCAGCUCUGCCGCUGCUGCUGGACAUGGUCAGGGGUCCGCUGCGCCUUCCUGCUGAAGAGGAGCUACAGGAAGUGCUGAGGGGGAAACUGCGAGCGCUGCAGGCCGACAGUGAAGAGGUCACCGCUGUGUUCACGGAGCUGUCUGCCCAUCUGCUCUCCAUCAACCCAGAAGACAAGGUUAUUUUUGUAACCUUUCAAUCGUUUGAGGAGAUAUGGAAAUUCAACACCUAUUCCACCAUAGGUUUCUUGGCCCAUUGUUUGGAAAAGUUGCUGUUUGAUUCAAAGCUGUGGCUACAGUCUGUGGAGGAGGAAACGUCUGCUGGGAUUUCAUUUCAACAAGACAUUUUAGAUGGGAUUUUCAAAGGCCUCCUCAUGCAGGAGGGCUCCUUUUUUGCGAGCUGCAUCACAAACCAGAUGUUCGACAGUUCCACCUCAGGGGGAGACCUGUACCUGGAGCAGGGGGACAUAGCCCAGUUUGAGCCUCCCUUCCUGGGCUCAGGGUGGAGUGUGCGCUGUCUCUCGGACGGAGCUCGAGGGACGGCCCCCAGACCGUCUGUGGAGCCUGUCCCGGCCUUUCACCAAUGGUUUUUAAAAUCCUGUCCAGAAAACAUCUUAAUUGGUGAUGGAAAACCCUUGUGUAACUUCCCUUUGCAGUUUGCUCGUGGUUGCUGUGUGGCCUCAGAGGAGUACGACGCCGACGGACCAGACGAACUGAGCGUCGCGCCUCACGACCGCAUCAUCAUCGUGGGACUGUUGGUGUCCUGUUUCCAGUGGUUCGUCGGGAGGAAGGAGAGCACAGGGGAAGUGGGUCUGGUCAGGACUGACAUGGUCGCAGCUGCAGAUACCUUCAACUCCGAGGAUGUGUUUUUAGAUGGAGAAGAGCGGGUGUUUGUCAGGCUUCAGGAGGACACUGUCAUGGAAGAAGCUCUGGACUUACUGAAGAAAAAGCACAACCCCAGUCAUUCUUAUAAACUCGAUAAGAUGCCCAGACAAGACCAGAGAAGAAGAAUGAGUUUCAUGAAGACAGACGAACCGGAGCACCCAGAGUUGAAGACGCAUAUCCGCAGACUUCUAUCCUCUCGGAGCUCUGAGAAACCCUCCAGUCCGACCAAUAUUCCCCUGAACAACGUCCCGCCGGAGUCCCCAACCUCCUCCUGCCCACGUUUCUCCGUCCCCAAUGUCGUAGAAGGCAAGAACCACACAGAGGAGCUCAUGCCGCUGUUUACAUAUCUAGAAAACCAAAACUAUAACGUGCACUACGGUGAGCUUUACCGUCUCACUCCGGACCAGCUGUCUUCCACCACUUUCGUCGGUCACUCUGAUGAGGACCAGCUCGCGUCCUUUCUUAGCGUCGCUAGAGAAACCGCCAGGAAGAAGCGCCUUUUCUGGUCCCAAACACGCAUCUGCUUUCUUCUGGGCAAACUUUGCGUCGGUCGCUCCAAGUUCAGCCAGGCCAGGGUCUACUUUGAGGAAGCCGUGAGCGUGCCUCGAGAAGGAUUUGCCGAUUUCCGACUGCUCACCCACAUCUACCACAACCUCGCUCAGAUCUAUCUCCUGCAAAAAAACGCAGAACGCUUUUUCCUGAUGGCAGAAAAGCUUGUCUCGCUGCUAAUGGGGUUCGCAUACUGCCUGGACCUUCUAUCGGACGACUCCAUUUUGAAGCUUAUCUUGAAAAAAGCCAUUCUCUCCAAAAACAAACAAGCAGAGUUGCGAGCGUGUUAUCUGUUGGCGAGGCAUCAUUGGGCGCGAAAUGAAAAACACAACGUUAUUUCUUACAUCGAAAGACUGCUUGUACUUUCCAGCGAAGAUACACCGACAUGGAGUAGCAUGUCUACAAGUUGUGGCUAUUUAACGUUAGCGUCGCUCUACAAAGAACUAGACCUGGAAAACCUUAGCAUCUGUUCUUUCCGGAGAACUUCUCUAGACCCUUCGACAACAAUCGCGACCACCUUGAGUUGCGUCCUACACCUUGCAAACCAUCAGAAAGACCAGAUAAAACCGGAGACUUCUUUCCCGUGCGGCCUUACGCCUUUCUUGCACAAGGCUUUAUCUUUGUCGGAGUUCCAGGACAAACGGCGAAGCAAGCACCACGCGUUGGGUCAUCACCUCACGCUCUGUCUGAGUGAGAUGUACAGCAGGCAUCGCAUGUUGGACAAGGCUAUUGAGUACAUGCACAGACUUGUAGAAAGCAGUCCCAGCUCGCAUUCUCUGGGCACGGCACAAGUGAACAGCGCCCUCGUCUGGAUGGCGUGGCUUCAUAUCGAGAAAUGUCAGCCUGAUGUGGCGUUGGAUGUACUGGAUUUAGUUCUGGCUUCCAUGCCUGAGCACUGUACGUCGCCACAAGAAGGUGAAGUGUUAAAUCUGUGUGGCGUAGCGCUCUGUUCUAUGGGAAACCUCCGGAGGGCAGUAGAGAACUACCAGGCGGCGAUCGACAUCUGCCAGGAGUAUGAAGACCUCCCAAACUGGGCUGUGGCUCAGGCUAACCUGGGACUGCUGUGUCUCAAAGCCGGAGCCUCUGCAGCCGCUCAGAGGAACCUGACGGAGGCCGUGCAGAUGUUCAGUGAACUGGACGCUGCGGGACACGAGCAGAGCUUCAGCACCGUCCUGCUGGAGCUGGGGAAGCUCCAUGUGGCACAGGGACAGAUGCAUUAUGGGAAAGCCUGUUAUGAGUGGGCCCUGCUGCUGUCCAUCAGUGCCAACCUCUUGGACUGUGAGCUGGAGGCAACGUCUCAGCUGCGUGGCCUGUACAGCACUGAGAGUCCAGACCAGGUCCAGUGCAUCGUCUACAGCCUGCACCACCUCCAGCUGCUGCAGAGGACCGGAGACCUGGUCCAGACCGUUCUAGCCCUGGAGACCCUGAGCCAGCUCCACCUCAGCCUGGGCACUCACAGAGCGCUCCAAGCCGCCCUGGACUUCACCAAGAGCAGCCUGGGCAUGUGCAUCGAUCUGGGGAUGAAGGAGAAGGAGGCGGACGGGUGGCUACAGGCCGGGAAGAUCUACCACCUGCUGGGGCAGACGGAGCUGGUGGAGCUGUACAUACAGGCAGCUCAGGAGGUGGCUCUGAGCACCGGAAACACCAAGUCCGUCCUCGGUCUCCUGGAAGCAGCUGGGGACAUCUUCUUCAACAGUGACCAGGACCGAGACAAGGCCAUCCCCUUCUACAGGGACCGUGCUCUGCCCAUCGCCACAAAGACCCAGAGUGUGCGGAGCAGACUGAGGCUCUGUAACAAACUGACGGAGCUGAUGCUGAGGCUGAGCAUGUUUGAGGAGGCGCUGGAUUUCGCUCAGACCGCUCUGGACCUGAGCCUGUCUUUAGGCGAGCGUCUGAACCAGCGUGUGGCCUACCAUCGUCUGGCCGCUCUGCACCACGCCCUGCAGCAGUCGGAGCUGGCCGAGCACUUCUACCUGAAGACCCUGGCCCUGUGCCCCAGCCCCCUGCACUUUGACGAGGAGACCCUGUACUACGUGAGGGUCUACCAGACUCUGGGCGACAUCGUCUUUUAUGACGUCAAGGACCCCUUCGAUGCAGCGGGGUACUACCACGUGGCUCUGGCGGCCGCCGUGGAUCUGGGCAAUAAAAAGUCCCAGCUGAAGAUCUGCACUCGCCUGGCCACCAUCUACCACAACUUCCUGAUGGACAGAGAGCGUUCGCUGCUCUUCUACCAGAGAGCGAGAGGCCUGGCCGCCGAGCUCAACGUGAAGCGAAUCAACAUCUCCAUGGGGCAUCAGCUGGGGCCCUCCUCCCAGGACGGGGGGCCCGCCUUCCAGGACAGGACACAAGCUCCGUGA